CGAAUGCGCGAUUGAUUGCGAAGGACAGCUUCUCUCGUGUGCAGGAGAGAGAGAGAGAGAGAGAGAGAGAGAGAGAGUUCUAUCGUUCUAUUUGGGGCCGAUCUCUCUAAUCCGCCCUCAUCAAGUCCCGUAAGUUUUUCGUUCAAUCCCUUCUCUCAUUUCUCUCCAAGAUCUCCCCACAAUCCUGUGGAUUUUGCCCUUAAUUUUGAUUCAUUCUGCUUGGAUCUGUCCGCCUGUUUACUUGAAAAAUGGGGCUGUCUUUCACCAAGCUUUUCAGCCGGCUCUUUGCCAAGAAGGAGAUGCGAAUUCUCAUGGUGGGUCUUGACGCAGCUGGUAAGACAACGAUCCUUUACAAGCUCAAGCUGGGAGAAAUUGUCACCACCAUUCCUACCAUUGGUUUUAAUGUUGAGACUGUGGAAUACAAGAACAUCAGCUUCACCGUCUGGGAUGUUGGGGGUCAAGACAAGAUCCGACCAUUGUGGAGGCAUUAUUUCCAAAACACCCAAGGACUUAUUUUUGUGGUGGAUAGCAACGACAGGGACCGUGUUGUUGAAGCUAGGGAUGAGCUGCACAGAAUGUUGAAUGAGGAUGAGCUGAGGGAUGCAGUGCUUUUGGUAUUUGCCAACAAGCAAGAUCUUCCCAAUGCCAUGAAUGCUGCUGAGAUCACCGAUAAGCUUGGUCUUCACUCCCUCCGACAACGUCACUGGUACAUCCAGAGCACGUGUGCCACAUCCGGUGAAGGGUUGUAUGAAGGACUUGACUGGCUCUCAAACAAUAUUGCCAACAAGGGAUAGAUGGGUUUCAUUUGAAGUGGGAUUGCUUCUGGAAAUUGAAAUGAAAGUCAUUUUGUUGGUUGCAGUCCCUGUGAUCUAUAAGGAUGUUCCGGGUGGAUGAUUCCUAGGUUGGGUUUGAAUUCUGAAUAAUGAAAGAAAAUUUUGAAGUAUUUUGUGGUGUUAUCGACUCAAUAGCAUUGUUUUUAUGUAAUGAAUUAAUGAUGCUUCUUAAAUAGAUGGAUGUAUUUGUACGAGAAUCAUGUUUUUGCUAUUUGAAAUGGAUUGCUGAAAAGAAAUCACCUUGUAACUUUAUUCGAUUA